AUGGAUGCGGUGAUCACGAGAUCCAAGAGGCAGCGGCUGGAGGAGGAAUCCCGCCGGCAGCAACAGCGACCACCUCCGGCACCCAGAGGAGAGGAAGGCGACGCACAGCGGCUCGAUCUGAUCCGGCGCCUCCCGGACGACGUCCUCGGCGCCGUCAUCACGCUGCUGCCCGCCACCGACGGCGCCCGCACCCAGAUCCUCUCCCGCCGGUGGCGCCCGCUCUGGCGCUCCGCGCCCCUCAACCUCGAGGCCAAGAACCUCGCGGCCGCUCAGGCCAUCCUCGGCAGCCACCAUGGCGGCCCCGGCCGUCGCUUCUCCCUCACCUGCUGUUCCGACCGCACCGACGGUUACCCGGUGAUCAACGACGACAUGCUCCGGCCACCCGGCCUCGACGGGCUCCAGGAGUUUUGCCUCCGGCUGCACUUCUCCUUCCCCAUCGCUGUGGCUCUGAAAAACGGCCGCCGGAAUCCGGCGACGGCGCCGCUGUCCGUGUUCCGCUUCUCGGCGACCCUGCGCGUGCUCACCAUCAUCUGCUUUGACCAUGGCGGACUUGAGUUCCCCGCGGAGUCCGCCGCCGCCUGCGGCACGCUCGGUUUCCCGCGCCUCGAGCAACUGACGCUCAGUGGCGUCAGCAUCUCGGAGUGCACUCUCCAUGGCAUCCUGUCCAGAUGCCUUGUCCUGCAGAGCUUGCUGCUGCAGGACAACCUCGGUUAUCGUCGUCUCCGGAUCAGCUCCUCGACGCUCCGGAGCCUCGGUGUAUCGGAUCUUCUCAGCCGAGAAAGAAUGCUCGAAGAAGUCAUCAUUGAGGAUGCUCCACUGUUGGCAAGUAUCAUCACAGAUGGUCUAACGUGCGUGCGGGGCCUGAAGAUCCGAGUUAUCCAGGCACCCAAACUGAAGGUACUUGGAUAUCUUGGUGAUAGAGUCAAUGAACCUAUGCUCGGAAGCAUGAUUUUCAAGAAUAUGAAGUUGGUUAGCCUGCCUCAGGCAAUGCGUACCGUCAAGAUUUUAGCCCUCAAAGUUGCUUCUGAUAAUCUGGAUGCUGUUAUCGACUUCUUGACAUGGUUUCCAUGCGUGGCGAAGCUGCACAUGGUGCUGAUGCUUUAG